AUGGAGCCAUAUUUUGCUGGUUUUAAGCACAAGCAGCAGGACUAUGAAGUCACUCUUGAGCUCACAAGUGAAGAGACUCAAAAAACUAAAAAUGCACAAAAUUCUAGGACGGGGUCUUAUGGUGUCAGCAUUAGAGUCCAAGGAAUCGAUGGACAUCCUUACAUAGUACUGAACAAUACAGAAGGCUGUUUGCCAGAAAAUAUUCCUCCUCCUGGAAAAGAACAGCAGGUCAUUCCUCAGACUGCAAGCAAGCCAGCCGCAGACUCCAAUACUGCCUCUAAGUUGGAGGACAAAAUCAGUGAACGUACAAAAUUUGCUGGAACACAGCUCAUGCAACCCUCUGUGCCUAAAAAACUGAAGAUAACCAAUGUGAAUGAAAAGGAAAGUGGAAUGCCAGAUUUUAAAGAUGAAUCUGUGAAAUCUUCAAAUUUGUUGAAUUUUCAAAGACAUCCUGAACUUUUGCAGCCUUAUGAUCCUGAAAAAAAUAACUUGAACUUGGAUAAUUGCCAGUCUUCUGUGUGCAGCAAAUCUAAGUCUUUUGCAGAUGAAAAAAUGGAAGCAAAACCUUGGAUUUCCUCAUCUAAAGUAACAUCCCUACAGAAAACAAAUACGUACCCUGCCGAGCCAACCAAAGCAAAUUCAAAAAAAAUACAUCCAAACAGAUCAGUAGAAGAUCCAAAGAAGCAGCUGCAGGAUUGUCCCAGUAGCACAAUGAGCCCCAGUGAUGUGUGUGUUUCAGAGUCAUUUUCACCUGCAGGAGGAUCCCCCUGUGUUAGUCCCACUGCUUAUCCUGAGACAAGGAAACCUAGACCAGAUGUUCUUCCCUUCCGCAGGCAAGAUUCAACUGGGCCAGUAUUGAAUGACUCCCGAAGAUCCUCAUCCUCAUCAGCUACUCCCACUUCUGCAAAUUCCUUGUACAGAUUUUUACUGGAUGACCAAGAGUACGCCAUCUACGCGGACAACGUUAACCGGCAUGAAAACAGGAGAUACAUUCCAUUCCUGCCAGGAACUGGUCGUGAUAUUGACACUGGUUCACUUCCGGGUGUAGAUCAGCUAAUUGAAAAGUUCGAUAGGAAAGUUGAUGCUCACAGAAGAGGCAGAUCAGGAAAAAGGAACAGAAUUCAUCCAGACGAUCGUAAAAGGUCAAGAAGUGUUGAUAGUGCCUUGUCAUUAGGACUUGAUGUAAAUUCAGAUUAUUUAGGUGAAUUCAGUAAAAGCUUGGGUAAGUCAACUGAGCACUUGCUAAGACCAUCUAAAGUUUGCCUUCACCAGCAGUUUUCCAGAGAUCAAAAUUCACCUUCCAAAGAGACGAAGAUUUCUGCUCGAAGUAUUGAAAAACUGCAAAUGCCCAAUAAAGACACUCAGAGCAGCAGUUUCAGCUCUUUGCAACACCAUAAACAGAACGGAGCAGAUACAGAGAGCUUGAUGGGUAGGUCAGCUACACUCCCAGGACAGAGUAAGAGAGAGGAGGUUAAAACAGUAACUUCUACUUUGUUGUUGCCAAACCGAGUUACAAUUACACCUGAAUCAGGAGCCAAGAAGAUUUCUGUAAAAACAUGUUCAUCUGUCCCUAAUAUACAGGCAACUCCUGAUCUCUUAAAAGGCCAGCAAGAUCUUGCACAGCAAACAAAUGAAGAGACUGCUAAGCAGAUACUUUACAAUUACCUUAAGGAAGGAAGUCCUGAUAACGACGAUGCAACAAAGAGGAAAGUGAACUUGGUUUUUGAGAAAAUUCAGACAUUAAAGUCAAGAGCUGCUGGAAAGACGCAGGUUUCAGAUUCUUCGGCUGAAGUAAAAGCAUUGGUGGAACAAAAAGCAGAACUUGAAAGGAAAGUGGAAGAGUUGGAAAAAAAACUGGAUCUGGAAAUUAGGAAUCAGCAAAAUUCCAAAGAAGAGAGAGAUGCCACACGAGCAAGUCUGAAAGAUCUUCAGUUGCAGCUUGAUCAAAGUAUAUGUGAAAAGGAAGCAUUGAAAAAGCAGCUGGAAGAAAACGAGAAGGAACUCAGGCAAAACCUGGAGGAGCUUUUUCAAGUGAAGAUGGAGCAGGAAAAACACCAGACUGAGAUCAGAGAUCUUCAAGACCAGCUCUCUGAGAUGCAUGAUGAACUGGAUAACGCGAAACACACCGAUGAAGGGGAGAAAGAGAUUCUGAUUGAGGAGCUGAUGCAAAUGAAGCAGGAUCUGCAAGAAGUAUUAUUAGCAAAAGAUCAACAAGAAGAGAUUUUGAGAAAGAGAGAGAGAGAGCUCACAGCUUUGAAAGGAGCACUUAAAGAAGAAGUAUCCAGCCAUGACACAGAGAUGGAUAAACUUAAAGAGCAACAUGAUAAAGAAUUGCUGGAUCUUCGACAGAGCCUGGAGAAAGCUACAGAGAGUGCUGCUGUCCUUGCAAGUGAAAAAAAUGCUGCACAAGAGGAGCGAAAUAGUGUAGAAAAUCAAGUCAAAGAGCUGAUUGAGGAAAAUGAACAACUGAAGAGAACACUUACUGAGCUAGAGAGGAAAAUUGAGGAGCUGCACAAACAAAUUGAUAUUAUGAAAGGAGAAGAAAAUUCACUGAAGGAAAAAUUAAAGACAUAUGAGGAAGAGAAGCAACAAUUAGAAGAAGCUUUGAAACAUGCUGAAAAGGAGGGAAAAGAGUUGUUAGUGUUCAAAGCUGCUUUGGAAAGCCAGCUAGAAGAUAUGCAGGAGAACAUCCAUUGCAUUUCACAGGAGCGACAGCAGUUAAGUCAGCAAUUAAAAGAUGAAACUCAGCAGAAGGAGCAGUUGAAGCAGACAAAGAAUGAAAUGGAGAAUGAACGAUUGCAACUGAGCAAGACUGUUGAGAAGUUACAGGAGGAGAUGUCUGAAAUGGUGGAGAUCUCAAGAACAUCAACUCUGGAGCUUCAGACCCAGCUUGAUGAAUACAAGGAAAAAAAUCGCAGGGAAUUUGUAGAUCUGCAGAGACAAUUAAAGGAGAAAAACAUUGAGGUAGAAAAAUCACGCCUGAUGAACAUAAGAAUGCAAGAUGAGAUGCGUCUGAUGGAAGAAAACCUGAGGGACCACCAGAGAGCUCAGGAUGAAGCCAUAACAAAAACUCAGUUAUUGGAACAGACUGUGAAAAGCUUGGAGUAUGAACUGGAAGCCAAAAACCACUUAAAGGACGAUCGGGCAAGACAAAUCAAACUAAUGGAGGACAAGUUGUCUCACCUGGAACUUGAGCUUGAUGAAGAAAAGAAUAAUUCAGAUUUGUUGUCUGAAAGGAUCAGCAGGUGCAGAGAACAGAUUGAACAAAUGAGGACAGAGCUACUUCAGGAAAGAGCUAUAAAGCAGGACCUGGAGUGUGACAAGAUUUCGUUGGAAAGACAGAACAAGGACUUGAAGAGCCGAAUCCUUCACCUGGAGGGUUCUUACCGAUCCAGUAAGGAGGGACUUGUUGCUCAGAUGGAGGCAAGGAUUACAGAGCUGGAAGAACGGCUUGCAAAUGAAGAGAGGGAUAGAAUCAAUUUCCAGCUAAGUAACCGCAGACUUGAGAGAAAAGUGAAGGAGUUAAUGUUGCAAGUAGAUGAUGAACAUCUGUCACUGACUGACCAGAAGGACCAGUUGAGUUUGCGUUUGAAAGCAAUGAAACGUCAAGUUGAAGAAGCUGAAGAAGAAAUAGACAGACUGGAAAAUGCUAAAAAGAAACUUCAGAGAGAACUUGAAGAGCAACUAGACAUAAAUGAACAAUUGCAAGGACAGCUUAACACUGUGAAGAAAGAAUUAAGUAGACUGAAGAAGACACCAAGUAAAGUGUUGGCUGAUUCUGAUGAUGAUGAUGAUGACGAUGAUGAUUUCAGCACAGAUGGUGAUAGUCUCUGUGAAGUAUCUUCAGGAAAUAAUUUGUCAAAAGAUGAUGACACAAAAAUCUAA